GGGGAAGGGUAUUACUGAUCUGCUCGCUGGACUGAGCUCUUUUAGUUCGCAUGAGGAAGCCCUCAAACAAGCAAAAAUCCUUUGAACCCUAUUUUCCAUCGUAGAAGGAUACACAAAGAAAAUCACCAGCCAUGGGUGACGGUGAGAUGGCUGCCUUUGGGCCAGCAGCACAAUACCUCAGAAAGUCAGAAAAGGAAAGAAUUGAGGCCCAAAAUCGCCCAUUUGAUGCCAAAACAUCUGUCUUUGUGAUUGACCCAAAGACAAUGUAUGUCAAAGGAGUUGUUCAGAGUCGUGAAGGAGGAAAAGUCACCGUAAAGAAGGAAGAUAACACCACUGUAACAGUGAAGGAAGAUGAAAUUUUCCCCAUGAACCCCCCAAAGUACGAUAAAAUUGAAGACAUGGCCAUGAUGACCCACUUGAAUGAACCAUCUGUCUUGUAUAACCUCAAAGAGCGUUAUGCAGCCUGGAUGAUCUACACCUAUUCUGGGCUGUUUUGUGCCACAGUAAAUCCCUACAAGUGGCUGCCCGUGUACAACCCUGAGGUGGUCAAUGCCUACCGAGGCAAGAAGCGUCAGGAGGCCCCACCCCACAUCUUCUCCAUCUCUGAUAACGCCUAUCAGUUCAUGUUAACUGAUCGUGAAAACCAGUCUGUCCUGAUUACCGGAGAAUCUGGUGCCGGGAAGACUGUAAACACGAAACGUGUCAUCCAGUACUUUGCAACAAUUGCAGCAGCUGGUGACAAGAAGAAGCAGGAGGAGCAGGCCGCUUCACAAAAGGGCAACCUUGAAGACCAGAUUAUCUCGGCUAACCCAUUGCUAGAGGCUUUUGGUAAUGCCAAGACAGUCAGAAAUGACAACUCCUCCCGUUUUGGUAAAUUCAUUAGAAUCCACUUUGGUGCCACAGGAAAACUGGCAUCUGCUGAUAUUGAAACAUAUCUACUGGAAAAGUCCAGAGUAACAUUCCAGCUGUCUGCAGAAAGGAGCUACCAUAUCUUCUACCAGAUCAUGUCCAACAAGAAACCAGAACUGAUCGAUAUGCUACUGAUCACAACUAACCCAUAUGACUUUACAUUUGUGAGCCAAGGUGAGAUCACAGUGGCCAGCAUUGAUGACCAGGAGGAGUUGAUGGCUACAGAUACUGCCAUUGACGUUCUGGGGUUCAAUUCAGAUGAGAAGUUGGGCAUCUACAAACUGACUGGUGCUGUAAUGCACUACGGCAACUUGAAGUUCAAGCAGAAGCAAAGAGAGGAGCAGGCCGAGCCCGACGGCACAGAAGUGGCUGACAAGAUUGCCUAUCUGAUGGGUCUGAACUCAGCUGAUCUGCUGAAAGCUUUGUGCUACCCAAGAGUCAAAGUUGGAAAUGAAUUUGUGACCAAAGGUCAAACUGUCCCACAGGUGUACAACAAUGUUGGUGCCUUGGCCAAGUCCGUCUUUGAAAAGAUGUUCUUGUGGAUGGUCAUCCGUAUCAAUGAGCAGCUGGACACCAAGCAGGCAAGACAGCACUACAUCGGUGUCUUGGACAUUGCCGGCUUUGAGAUCUUUGAUUACAACAGCUUGGAACAACUCUGCAUCAACUUCACCAACGAGAAACUGCAACAGUUCUUCAACCACCACAUGUUUGUGCUGGAACAAGAGGAGUACAAGAAGGAAGGAAUCGAGUGGGAGUUCAUCGACUUCGGCAUGGACCUGGCUGCCUGCAUUGAGCUUAUUGAGAAGCCAAUGGGCAUCUUCUCCAUCCUUGAGGAGGAAUGCAUGUUCCCCAAGGCUAGUGACACUUCCUUCAAGAACAAGCUCUAUGACCAGCAUCUUGGCAAGUGCAAGAACUUUGAGAAGCCCAAACCUGGCAAAGGGAAAGCAGAAGCUCACUUCUCCUUGGUGCACUAUGCUGGGACUGUGGACUAUAACAUCACUGGCUGGCUUGACAAGAACAAGGACCCACUGAAUGAGACCGUCAUUGGGCUCUACCAGAAGUCUUCAAUGAAACUCUUGGCUUUCUUGUAUUCUGCACAUGCACAAGCAGAAGCUGAGGGAAAGAAGGGUGGUAAGAAGAAGGGUUCCUCCUUCCAGACUGUGUCUGCUCUUUUCAGGGAAAAUCUGAACAAGCUGAUGUCCAACUUGAGAAGCACCCACCCCCACUUUGUACGUUGUCUGAUCCCCAAUGAAACCAAAACACCAGGUGCUAUGGAUCACUACCUGGUCAUGCACCAGCUCAGGUGUAAUGGUGUGCUUGAAGGCAUCAGGAUUUGCAGGAAAGGAUUUCCCAGCAGAAUCCUCUAUGCUGACUUCAAACAGCGUUACAAGGUCCUCAAUGCCAGUGCUAUUCCAGAAGGUCAGUUCAUUGACAGCAAGAAGGCUUCAGAGAAACUUCUUGGAUCCAUCGAUGUUGACCACACACAAUACAAGUUUGGGCACACUAAGGUCUUUUUCAAGGCUGGUCUGUUGGGUACUCUUGAAGAGAUGCGAGAUGAGAAAUUGGCACAGCUGAUCACUCGCACUCAGGCUAUGUGCAGAGGAUACCUCAUGAGAGUUGAGUUCAAGAGGAUGAUGGAGAGGAGAGAGUCUAUAUUCAGCAUUCAGUACAAUAUCCGUUCUUUCAUGAACGUCAAACACUGGCCUUGGAUGAAACUUUAUUUCAAGAUUAAGCCCCUUCUGAAGAGUGCCGAGUCUGAAAAAGAGAUGGCCAACAUGAAAGAUGAGUUUGAGAAAACAAAGGAAGCCUUGGCAAAGUCAGAAGCAAAGAAAAAGGAGCUGGAGGAGAAGAUGGCAAAAAUUCUCCAAGAGAAGAAUGACCUGCUGCUCCAAGUUACAUCUGAAUCUGAGGGUCUGGCAGAUGCAGAGGAAAGAUGUGAAAAUCUCAUCAAAGCUAAGAUCCAACUGGAAAGCAAAAUCAAAGAGAUCAAUGAGAGGCUAGAAGAUGAAGAAGAAUCAAACGCUGAACUCACUGCCAAAAAGAGGAAACUGGAGGACGAGUGCUCCGAACUGAAAAAGGACAUUGAUGAUCUGGAGCUGACACUGGCCAAAGUAGAAAAGGAGAAACAUGCCACAGAAAAUAAGGUGAAAAAUCUGACAGAAGAGAUGGCUGUGCUUGAUGAAAACACUGCUAAGCUAACCAAAGAAAAGAAAGCUCUCCAGGAAGCCCACCAACAAACCUUGGAUGAUCUGCAAGCUGAAGAGGACAAAGUCAACACCCUAACAAAGGCCAAAACAAAGCUGGAACAACAAGUGGAUGAUCUUGAAGGAUCAUUAGAGCAAGAGAAGAAGCUUCGCAUGGACAUGGAGAGGUCUAAGAGAAAGCUGGAAGGUGACUUAAAGUUAUCUCAGGAGUCCUUGAUGGACUUGGAAAAUGACAGACAACAAAUGGAUGAAAAACUUAAAAAGAAGGACUUUGAAAUCAGUCAGUUCCAGAGUAAGAUUGAGGAUGAACAGGCUCUGGGAGCUCAGCUCCAAAAGAAAAUUAAGGAGCUCCAGGCUCGUAUUGAGGAACUGGAGGAAGAAAUUGAGGCAGAGCGUGCAUCUCGUGCCAAGGCUGAGAAACAACGUUCAGACCUCUCAAGAGAGCUUGAAGAGAUCAGCGAGCGCCUGGAAGAAGCUGGUGGUGCAACCUCUGCUCAGAUUGAGAUGAACAAGAAGCGAGAGGCUGAAUUCCAGAAGAUGAGACGUGAUCUGGAAGAAUCCACCUUACAAUAUGAAGCCACUGCUGCAUCUCUCCGCAAAAAGCAUGCUGAUAGUGUGGCUGAGUUUGGGGAACAAAUUGAUAAUCUGCAGCGAGUCAAACAGAAGCUGGAAAAGGAGAAGAGUGAACUCAAGAUGGAGAUCGAUGACCUUGCCAGCAACUUGGAAACUGUCUCCAAAGCCAAAGCCAACUUUGAAAAAAUGUGCAGAACCCUUGAGGACCAGUUUAGUGAAGUUAGCACCAAAGAAGAAGAGCAUCAUAGAGUGAUCAAUGACCUCAAUACACAGAGAGCUCGUCUUCAGACAGAAAAUGGUGAAUAUAGUCGCCAGCUUGAAGAGAAAGAGUCACUUAUUUCUCAGCUCUCCAGAGGGAAACAAGCUUUCACUCAGCAAAUUGAGGAGCUGAAGAGGCAUCUUGAGGAGGAAGUAAAGGCCAAGAAUGCCCUUGCUCAUGGGCUGCAAUCAUCCCGCCAUGACUGUGACCUACUCAGGGAACAAUAUGAAGAGGAGCAGGAAGCCAAGGGUGAACUUCAACGUGCUCUCUCCAAGGCCAAUGGAGAAGUUGCCCAGUGGAGAACAAAAUAUGAGACUGAUGCCAUCCAGCGCACAGAAGAACUGGAAGAAGCCAAGAAGAAGCUUGCUCAGCGCCUCCAGGAAGCUGAGGAGCAAAUUGAGGCUGUGAACUCAAAAUGUGCCUCUCUGGAGAAGACCAAACAAAGACUUCAUAGUGAAGUUGAGGACUUGAUGGUGGAUGUAGAACGCUCUAAUGCAAUGUGCGCCGCCCUGGAUAAAAAGCAGAGGAACUUUGACAAGGUGCUGGCAGAAUGGAAGCAGAAAUAUGAAGAGACUCAGGCUGAAUUAGAGGCCUCCCUAAAAGAGGCUAGAUCACUUAGCACUGAAGUCUUCAAGAUGAAGAACUCAUAUGAAGAAGCAUUAGAACAGCUUGAGACUCUGAAGAGAGAAAACAAGAACCUUCAUCAGGAGAUCUCAGACCUGACAGAACAAAUUGCAGGGUCUGGAAAAAUUAUUCAUGAACUGGAAAAGGCCAAGAAAACAGUAGAGCAGGAGAAAUCUGAAAUACAGUCAUCCUUGGAAGAGGCUGAGGCAACCCUGGAGCAUGAAGAAGCUAAGAUCCUCCGGGUACAGCUAGAGCUGACACAAAUCAAAUCUGAAAUUGAUAGAAAGAUUGCAGAGAAAGAUGAAGAGAUCGAUCAAAUCAAGAGAAACAGCCAACGAGCUUUGGAGUCCAUGCAGAGCACUUUGGAUGCUGAGAUCAGAAGCAGGAAUGAUGCUCUGAGGCUGAAGAAGAAGAUGGAAGGAGAUCUCAAUGAAAUGGAGAUCCAACUAAGCCAUGCCAACCGCCAGGCUGCAGAGGCCCAGAAACAACUCAGGAAUGUUCAGGGACAAUUAAAGGAUGCCCAACUCCACCUUGAUGAUGCCAUCAGAGUAAGUGAGGACCUGAAGGAACAGCUGGCUAUUUCUGAAAGGAGAAAUAACCUGAUGAGUGCAGAAAUUGAAGAGAUGAGGUCUGCCCUGGAACAGACAGAGCGUGGCAGAAGGGUGGCAGAACAGGAGCUUGUCGAUGUCAGCGAACGUGUCACGUUGCUUCAUUCCCAGAACACCAGCCUUAUAAACACUAAGAAGAAGAUGGAAAGUGAUGUCUCCCAAUUGCAAAGUGAAGUGGAAGAAGCCAUCCAAGAAUCCAGGAAUGCAGAAGAUAAAGCUAAGAAGGCCAUUACAGAUGCGGCUAUGAUGGCUGAAGAAUUGAAGAAGGAACAGGACACCAGUGCUCACCUUGAAAGGAUGAAGAAGAACCUUGAGCAGUCAGUGAAGGAUCUUCAGCAUCGUCUGGAUGAGGCUGAGCAGUUGGCCAUGAAAGGUGGCAAGAAGCAACUCCAAAAACUGGAGGCCAGGGUGCGCGAACUUGAGAAUGAACUUGAAGCAGAACAGAAAAGAAGCUCUGAUGCAGUCAAGGGUGUGCGUAAAUUUGAGAGAAGAGUCAAGGAACUGACCUACCAGUCUGAGGAGGACAAGAAGAACGUGUUCAGGCUUCAGGACUUAGUGGACAAGUUACAAAUCAAAGUCAAAGCUUACAAGAGACAAGCAGAAGAUGUUGAGGAACAGGCCAACGUCCAUAUAUCCAGAUUCAGGAAGACUCAACAUGAGCUGGAAGAGGCUGAGGAACGUGCCGACAUUGCUGAAUCUCAGGUCAACAAACUAAGAGCCAAGAGCCGUGACAUCGGCAAGAAAGCAGAAGAGUAAAGCGGACACUGUGAUUUACAGAAGACGUUCAUAUAAUAUGGACUCAGCUGUAAUACUUUGUAUGUAAAUCUCUAUGUUUAGCUCUAGAUGCAAAUAAAAUUCUAAAAAC